UGCACCCCUUUACGCUUUGACAUCAGCUGUUCUGCCUGCCUACAGAUCAGUGGCAUCUUGUUGGCAGACACAGAAAAGCCAAUCCGACAAAAAGAUGUUAUUUUUAUUAAUCAUCGCGGUCCUCGGAGUGAUGACGCUACUGGUGAUUUUAUUUAAACCACAAAUAAGAAAAUAUGCAGCGGGAGGAGUGUGUCAGUCCACGGCUAAACUGGACGGGAAGACAGUCCUCAUCACUGGAGCCAAUACCGGGAUUGGGAAGGAGACUGCCCUGGACCUGGCAAUGCGAGGGGCUCGGGUGAUCAUGGCCUGCCGAGACGUGGACAAAGCGGAGGAAGCUGCGGCCAGUAUACGAGCUGUGUGUCCCAAAGCGCAGGUGGAGGUUCGGGAGCUCGACCUGGCGGACACCUGCUCUAUACGCGCCUUCGCACAGAAAUUCCUGCGAGAGGUCAACCAACUUCACAUCCUCAUCAACAACGCCGGCGUGAUGAUGUGCCCCUACACAAAAACAGUCGACGGCUUUGAGAUGCACAUUGGCGUCAACCACUUGGGGCACUUCCUGUUGACGUACCUCCUGAUUGGGCAGCUGAAGCGAAGCGCGCCGGCCCGGAUCGUGGUGGUCUCGUCUCUGGCACACAACUUUGGCUGGAUCCGCUUCCAUGACCUUCACAGCCAGGGGAGCUACAACAGCGGAUUAGCAUACUGCCAGAGCAAACUGGCCAAUGUGCUGUUUGCCAGAGAGUUGGCCCGUAGACUCAAAGGCACCAACGUGACGGUGAACUCAGUCCAUCCGGGGACGGUGAACUCUGACCUCACCAGACACUCGACUCUCAUGACGAUAUUCUUCACCGUCUUCUCCAUGUUCCUAAAAACCCCACGGGAAGGAGCGCAGACCAGCAUCUACUGUGCUGUGGCAGAGGAGCUGCACUCCAUCUCUGGGAAACACUUCAGUGACUGCACGCCUGCCUUCGUGGCCCCACAGGGGAGAAGCGAGGAGACGGCGAGGAGACUGUGGGACGCCAGCUGUGAGCUUCUUGGCAUCGAGUGGGACUGACUCAACUUUUAACCACCGUCUGUUGAUCUCAGCUCUCAAAGGAGUCCUUAUUCUUUCUGUUGUCAUUCAUUUCGUUCUGGUUUUGAUGUUCUGUACCUUGAACGUUUCUUACAUAAUAAGCAGUCAGGUAAAACUGUAAGAGGUACUAUAAUGUGAAGUUGCUUUUUUGUGUAAUAAUGCAGUAAUUACAUCAUAAUAACUUGAGUGUUUUUGGUGAUGCAAAACAGUUGCUCAAUCCAAAAACACUCAACUGUAUUAUCAUGUAAGCACACAAUACCUUUUGACUCUUUAUUUUGGUGACACAAUGUGAAUACAGUGCAGGCAAAAAAGCACCUUGAUGUGUUGUAACGCUGUGGGGUGCUGUGAAGGGUCAAGCCAGGGUAAACGACCAGCAUCUUUAUCAACCGUUGUGUUUUUUUUUUGUUUGUUUUAAAUUUAUUUUCUUAAUUUCUCCAGAAUCUGCAGCUAAAUUGUCUGACUCUCGUGCCAGCGUUUCUAAACAACAGCAGGGGUUCUUACUGUGUUUCCAGGUCGAUAACCAAUUAGUAAACCACUGAAGAUCAGCGUCAGUCUGAGCCAUGAUUACUGCUUGAAUUGCAUAGAUGUAUUUUGUGAUAAAUGUAGUCAAUGUAGAUAUUAAGGAGGUUUUUCUAUUUUAACCAAAUCAGAGUUAGAGUCACAUCAUUGGAGUAUUUUUUUUCCCAUCUGCAUUGCCACAAACUGCACAUCCCUGGAGGAGCAACAGUUUUACAUUUAUAAGGAUGUUCCUCAUGCUUCUCUCAUGUUUCUCCUUUCAGCCUUCACACACAAGGCUGCCAAGAGUUUACAUUCUGUGUUUUAUACAAGUACAACAUGCCUUUUACUACAUUUACAUUCAUGUUAAGAGUUGAAUGUUUACAACUGAUGUAAAUAAAUGGGAGUAUUACUACAA